UCGUAAUUUUGUAUCACCAUUUCUGGUUAAAACAAGUGAUUUUGCCUUGUUUGUUAAGUUUUUUUAGGAUAAAUUAUGUUAAUUAAUAGUUAUUGCCAAAACAAUUGAAUUUCAACACUUAAUAAGUUAAUAUUCCUCAUCCUCCGUUUUCGAUAUACCUACCAUGGAACAAAUAAAAUUGGAAUAUUGCAUACCUGAUGGAAGCGAGGAGCUGGUCAAUUUCCCUUUCUAUAAAUUAUCCGAACUGGAACCCUUUGAUUACGACAAAAUCAGAGAUCACCUUAAAGGUCCAUUUUUUAGACAGGCGGCGGAAUGGCUACAGAAGUUUGUUCGACUUGAAAAAUUUUACACCGAUUUUAACAACUGCAUGGAUCAGACGUUAGAUUUUAUAUUGAAUUACGCUCGAGCUCUCGCAUUGCGAAAUAACCCAGACGAGCUAAGAGAGGCACUUAUGCUUCUGGAGGUUCUUAAGGUCAUUAUUCAAAGGGUUGCCAACGACGAUAACUUAUGCCUAAAUCAAGAGAGAAUAGUGGAGUUUUUGGUUUACGCAAUUACGCAAGCAAAAACGAAGAUGGUGCAGUUGGAGAUUGGAGUUAUUUCAGUUGAAAUGGUAAUCGCUUAUCGCGUAGGAGCUGAAAAGCGUAUUAGUCGUAAUAUGACGAAAUUACUGGUUGAAUGUUGUAAACUGUUUCAUUACAACGGAGAACUUUUUCUUCUGACUCGGAUAACUAGGAUUAUCCUCGAAAGGAAGCUUUUUUCUUUCAAUAGAGCACAAUACUAUUUAAAAUGGAUCGAAAAAAACGCUGUUGACACACUAACGCGGUGCGAUUCUGAUUUGCUCUUUUUGGAAACAUGCUAUUGUAUUGUCUUAUACUACAAAACUUACGCGGGCAAUGAUUCCAUAGGCCAUAUAAACUUCUUGGAUUGCUUAAAUGAGUUAAUAGCUUACCGUGCAACUAGCAGUAAUAAUCUUCGUUUUAUGAUUGAUAGUAUUUUCGUUAUCAUUGUUGAACAGUAUUAUCUUAAUGACAGUUACCGGUGGCCGGGUGGUACGGAUGCAUUAUUAGAAACAAUUCGGAAUUUGCCUGUGGAUUACAAAACGUGGCCUUAUCACGAUAAGGAAUUUUUUUUCGUUUUUGCGUACAUUCAACUCGACAAUGUACGGUCCAAUUGGUGCGGCGAAACAAUAUUAAAAGAAAUUGAACUCUAUUUACGGCGCCCAACUCUACCGCCAAAGUACGUGUUGAAAGGUCUGUUAUCCUUGUACCUCAACCUACUCGACAGAGCUGGUCUCGCAACGAGUUAUCGCGCGAGAGAUAUUUUGGUUACCAGCGUAAUGUCGGUAAAGUGCAUAUCUCGUGUAGUUACAUUGGAUUCUAUCCAACUGAAUUGGUUCCUUAACGACCCUAAUCCUUCAAUACAAAAUCGAAUAUUAGUCCAUUUACUAUCGAAAAAAACCGAUGAGGAUAUUAUAUCCGCUCUUCAGAAAUCCAAAUGGCAGCUGCUGUUAAUGCCGUUGUUCAAUAUUGGACUGGACGAACUUCAACGUGAUAGAUUACUACAUAUACUAGGAAGAUUAUUAGAAGAAAAAAAUUCCCUGGGCCAAUUCAUCCCUUUGAAAAUCGAUGUUGCGGGUUAUUUGAUCCAGAAUAGCUUAAAAAAGAAUAUCCAACAGGUCGGUACGCAAAUGUUAAAGUUAUGCUAUAUGAGUAGAAUUCCGGAGUUGGUUGCUUACAACUUGGCAUUAUUUGAACAUGUAAAGGAUAAACCGUCUGCGUUCUUCUUGUUCUGCGAGAAAGCAACUAUUCGAACGUUGUGUUCGUAUUGUACGAAUGAAGAUCAAAGAGUUUCUAUUGCAGCAAUUAAAAUGAUGCAUUCUUUAAUAAAGAUACAGGUUCAAUAUGAGGCGGUGUUGUCAUACGCUGUGACAAUGAACUUCAUUAAACUACUGAAAACAGUGCAGAGCGUCACCGAGCAAGUGCUGAUCAUACUGAAACAAGUUCUAAUGCGCAAGAGGGAACUGAUAGUGAGUUAUGAUAAAAGCUCCGUUGUCGGAUUGUUUCAUUUAAUUAUUGAUAUGGCGUUAAACAAGUUGUGGACUAGACCUUGUGUGGAAAUAUUAAAGAUGCUACUACGACUGGAACCAAAACUGAUCCAUAUGCAAGUUUUGCCAAGUUUUCUUAACAAUGCGUACGAUGCGGUUUUGGGAAGCGGAUCUGAAGCACCUUUUUUGACGAUUUUAAUACUGUGGUUGCGCAAUACAAAUACGUGCUCUAAUCUACGAAUACGUCUGAUACAACACAUUUUUACGAAUUUUCCAAAAAAGUGUAAGAAACACUUUGCUACCAUUAAGCAGAUUUUCAUGAAACGUUCUGUGGAAGUCAAUACAACUUUAUUGACAGGCACCAAGUUUGGUAGCGAAAUGGACAUCACUUGCCUUAAUGUUAUUCGCGAUUAAAGCUUAUCACCUUACUAUUUUAUUGACGAAUCAUGAAUGUGAUCAAUACAUUUUAAAAAAUA